AUGGGCCGUCACGACACGAGGAUGGUGCUCGCCAUCGCCCUCGCCGUCCCUGUGUUUCGUGCCGCCGCCGCCGCCGCUUUCCUUCGUCGACCUGUCACCCUCUCCGCCCUCGCGACGAGCGACAAGCGCAAGUGGGCCGUCGCUGUGUGCGAGGUCGUGCGGACCUUCUCGCAGGUGGCAGCAAGCCGGCUCAACCCGGUCUGGGUCUGGGCGAGCACCGACCUCUUCAUUCCUCUCCUCCUCCUCGCCUUUCCUGCAACGCCCGCGACCGACGCGCCCCGCACAACCCGCCUGUACGCCGCCGUCGCCGUCGCCUCGUUCGCGACCGCCUGGACCUGGUGCUCCGACCUCCUCAACGCCGAGGGCAUGUUCCUCGCCCUCGUCAGCGUCGGCGCCGAGACGAUGGGGCAGUGGCUCGCGCGGCAGGAGUUGGACGAGGCGAGCGGCCGGGUGGACGAGGCGGUCGAGGCGGUGCGCGACUCGAGCCUCCGCGCAGCCGCGCUACACGUCGUCAUGUACCUCGCCCUCUUCCCUCUCGACCUACAUCAAUACCGAGCCUACUCGCAAGGACCCGCCAUCGCCUCCUCGAUCAUCUGGCCUUUUCUCGCCCUCUUCGCCUCGGUCGCCUUCAUCGUCGUCGAGCAGGAUGGCAAACUCGACGUACUAUCCUCGAUCGCCAUCUACUCGGCGUCGAACGCCGUCGUCCUCGUCCUCGUGGCCGCUCCCGAGUGGAGCAAUACGGCGAGCCGGACCGUCGGCGGCCUCCUCGUCGUCCUGUAUCUCGCCAACGUCGCGUACCAGCUCAUCUCGACGAGAAUCGAGGGCAUCUCGCUCAGCCUCGAGCCCGGGUCUGCCGCCGACUACGACCCGCUCGCGUCCUCUCCGGCGUCCAAGAUCCUGUCGACCCGCCUCGGUCCGCCCUCGAUGCGCAUCAUGGCGCUCGUGCCCGCCCUCGCAUACCUGUCCGGCGCACUCUGCGUCGCGCUCGCCGCCUCGCCCACUCUCGACAUCGUCAUCGCGCACCACUCGCGCGCCCCGGCGUCGGUCGCGCACCACGUCGCCGCAGUACGACUCGCGCCGCACGUGCGCAAGUCGCGCGUACGCGUGUACCUGUACGAGAAGGGCGACUGGACCGACCAGGAGCUGUGGCGCGGCCUGAGCGGCGUCCUGGACCCGAGAUGGGACGAGAUUGUGCGCUUGCCCAACGUCGGUCGCGAGGGCGGCACCUACCUCGAGCACGUUGUGCGGCACUACAACGCGUCGCUGCCGUCGCCGAGUACGAGGAGCGGCGCGUCAAGGUCGUCUUGGGCAACGCGCGUCGGUCGAGGCGGCGAGGCGCGAGUCCGACCUUUCGCCGACACGACCCUGUUCCUUCAGGACCAUCUCGCCUGGCCCGGCGUGGCCGGUCCUCGCCUGCGCCACACCCUGUCGUCUCGCACCGGGUUCCUCUCGCUCGGCCCGUACCUGUCGAACCUGUGCGGCCACGACAGCGAGGUCGGGACCGAGAUGGGCGGCAUCAAGGACAUCUUCGAGACGGUCAAGGCCCGCCAGUGCACCGAGGGCAACGAGGACGACCGGGUCCUUAGCACGUGGUUUGGCCAAUUCGCGGCGAGUCGUGCGACGCUGCUCAAGAACGGGCUCGAGGUGUACGAGCGGCUCGUGCGCAUGGUCGAGGCUCCCGACGAUGACCCGAUCCACAAGCAGUACAACCCAAGCGGGCCCUCAACAGCGUCCAAUCCCGCCUUUGGUCACGCUCUCGAGCGGAGCUGGCCCCUCCUCCUGCAUUGCGACGACAGGCGCAUCGCCGAGACGUGUCGGAACGGCGCGUGGGAGCCUCGAGACUGUCAGUGCUUCGAGGAGACGUAGAUUUGACUGCAUUGCGAGCGUGAACGGAGCUUCCCACGCCCGC